AUGACUAAUGAUGAGAUCAUAUUUUAUAAUAAAGAAAAACUAAGAUUUGAUGAAUUAUUAAGUCAACUUGAUUGGACAGAAGAGUGUUUAUUGAAAGAACAAGAAACAUUAAUUCAGUGUCCAUUUGAUCGAGGACAUCGAUUUCCAAUAAGAUCAAAACAUGUACAACAUUGUCAAUUAGUAAAAGAAGGAUUUUCUAAGGAAUAUCUAAACGAAUUAGCUGAAUGUGAACAAGAAAAACAAUUACUUAAUCAAUCUGGUAUUUUAUUUACUCCAUCAAAACUUAGUGAUAUUGUUCAUCGACCUAUAACAAUUACAAAUAGUAAAAAAGAAAACCGUUCAAUUAUUGUUAUAAUCCCUAUUUCAAAAGUCUUUGCACAACAUGUUUGUUGUUUUCUUUUUAAAGAUAUUCCGUUAAGUAUUGAACAAACAACAAUUCUAUUUUCACCUGAUGAACGAUCUUUAAUUGCUCAAGCUGUACAUAAUGAAGCUUUGGGUUUGGGUAUUGUACCAUCUACACCACAUUCUAUCAUUGACAAUCAACCAGUUCAAUCUCAAAAUUCCAAUAUUUCUCAACAAUUCAAUAAAUUAACUGAAUUACGUGAUCAAAAGCGACGUCGAACUAAAUAUGUAACUAGAACAAUAAAAAAAACUUGUUAUGAUAUUGCUCGUGAUAUGAUCAAUAAUGGAAUGGAAUUCAUUCAACAAGUUAAUCAUCAAAUAGAUUCGAGUCAAACAAAGCAUGACAAAGAUCAAUCAAAACAACAUAAACAUAAACAUAAACAUCGAUCAUCAUCGAAAAGGAAACGUCGAUCUAGUCAUAGUCAUAGUAGAAAACAUCAUCGACAUUCAAAAAAACAACGAAGAAGUUAA